UGGGCAGAGGGCGACCUGUCACGAGCCACUGCUGACGCCUACGGCGUGUAAAGAAUCUGUAUGGUGAGCGUGAAAAUAUCAGGAAUGAGAUGAAAGGCUACACUGACACCUAGAGGCCACAUGCCUCAACUGCAGGCAGUGGAGCCAGGAUAUUCUGUCACUCUGAUUGCUGAGGUUCUUCAGAAAAUGAUGGAGAAACACCCUGCUCUAUCAAAGACUCAGCUUACAUCCCCUUUUUUUCAAACAAGUGAAGUACUGACUGAAGUACCCCGUCUCCGUGGCUACGGGACCCUGCGUUUGGUUCAGGCAUUGACCGACUGUCAUCCAUCUAAACACACCCGGGUGACGGUCAGCAUGGAGCGGCAUAAAAGAGGACAGGAAGCGUCUAGCUUUCCACCCAGAGAGCCCAGAAGUCAGUUUGAAGGCAGUUCUACGAUUAAACCCAACCAGAGAGCUGAAAGAGAAAAGGAGAAAGGGCAGGAAGAGGAGUUUUUCUCCUUUACCUUGAAAAGAUCAAACACAGAGGGACCAACUGCAGGAUUUUAUCUCGACAGACACUCAGCAUUUCAGGGAGACGUCGCCAUGCCGACAGUGAAGAGCAAGAAGAAGAAAGCGAAGAAGGAGGUGACUGAGGCAGAGGAGCAGGGCGAAGUGGGGCUGGAGGUGGAGAUGGAGGACAGGAGUAACUCAGACAGCAGAGACCAUCUGACCCCGGAUCUGCAGGACGCAGCGCCGCACAAGAAGAAGAAGAAGAAAAAGACGUCAACUAUUGAUCAGGAAACAGAACACGGGGAUGUACCCAACGGCAACACGGCCGAGGCGGUCGGGGAAGGAGAGGAGAUGACUGUCGCCGUCACCAGGAAGACAAAAAGGAAGAAGAAGGCGAAGGCGACAGAGCACUACAGCAACGAUCUAGAAGCUGAAGACGAGGACAUCGUUGCCGACGCUCAGUCUCCCAUUCCCCAGCAUUCCCUGUUCUCCGCCCCGCACGGACACAGCCAGCCGGUCGGCAAAGUUUUUGUGGAGAGGAACCGGCGUUUCCAGGCCGACCGAGUGGAGCAGCUCAGGCACUCAGAGCUGACUGAGGACUACAUGGACCCCAGGCAGAUCUGGACCACAAGGGACAUCUCUCUGAAGGUUCACAACGGCUUCAGGGCGGUCGGUCUGUUCUCUCAUGGGUUCCUGGCUGGCUACGCGGUGUGGAACAUCAUCGUCGUGUACGUGUUGGCCGGCGAGCAGAUGACCACGCUGCACAACCUGCUGCAGCAGUACCACCCUCUGGCCUACCCGGCUCAGUCUCUGCUCUACCUGCUGUUGGCCAUCAGCACUGUGUCCGCAUUCGACAGGGUCAACCUGGCUAAGACGUCUAUGGCCUUGAGAGGCUUCCUCACUCUGGACCCAGUGGCCGUGGCUUCCUUCCUAUAUUUCAUAGCCCUGAUACUGUCCCUCAGCCAGCAGAUGACCAGUGACCGCAUCAACCAUUAUCCUACAGCCAAUGAGACUCUGUGGCCUCCAGGCUCCGAGCAACAGAUCUUGCGGCCGUGGAUCGUGGUCAACCUGGUGGUGGCGCUGUUGGUGGGCGUGGCAUGGGCUGUUGUGUCCACGCGGCCAGAUAUCGACUACACAGAAGAAUUUUUGAUGACGAUGGAGGUGGAGGGUUUCCCUAGAGGAGAUGAAAACCUGGACAUCCCUGCCUAAAACCAGAUGUGUUGAAUAUGUUUCAGCCCGUGUUCUAGACUCACAAUUGAAUGGUCAUUUGAUGGAUGGUUUUGUACAAGUAAAUAUGUCUUAUUUGUUUGCUAAAUGUUAUUUUGUAAAUAAAUAAAUGUGUUUAUGCACAGUAA